GAAGUUGUUGCGCUUAUAGAAUCUCGCGGAUUUCUUUUUAAAGAUUGAUUUGUUAUGUAUAUGAAACUUAUUCACAUGGAACAAGCCUACAGGGGCCAAUGACUUGAAAUUCAAACUUCCAAAAAAUGUUGGUUUCAACCUCCCGCCGCAGACCCUACACUGCUGCAAUAACUGAUCGUGGUACAAAGCCAGUGAUUUUUCAUCGGCCUGGGGGAGAUGCAAACCCGCGAAGUCCGAGUGACAUGAACGAUGCUAACUACUAUACCAGGGGGGUUUCCGGAUGCUCCUUGGAUUGACGCUCCUUGCAACAGGGUUGGCAGCGGAAGUCAGGUCGAAACGGUCAGAGGGAAAGAAGGUCAUAACGGUGGACUCCCCGGAAUGUGAAGUCAGUGAGAAGGUGCUCUACUGCGACUACAAGGGCUCGAAGGAGGUGAGAACUUCUUCCGCGGAGGAACUACUCUACAUCGGGCCUCUCCAAAACUCUCAAAUUCAAACGGUGUUCUUGAACGACAUAAAAGAGCUUUAUCUCGACGAAUGCGUUUCUGUCGACAUAUCGGCGACAAGAAUCAAGAAAAUAUCAAUAGAGCCAUCCGAGAAUUUCAACUGCUCGAAUUUCGCUCUGUCAGUAAAAUAUUCAAGCAUCAGUGAGGUCCCAAGAGUCGUCAGUCAACUGUACAUUGAAGGUUGCAAUGUUGACAUACUGAAACCAAGGAUGCCAUUGUCUAAACUCCUCGUGAUUUCUUCCGGAGUGCAACAACUAGAGGUAGCAGUGCCCUUGGCCAAAGGAACGGUGGGUAUUAUACACUCUUCUGAAAUUGUCCAUUUUAAACGUUACACGACGGAUUCCGGGUCCACUCUUACAAUCAAAGACACUAAAAUCGACAACUUAUCUCCUGACGCCUUUGAAAUGAGAGACGGGAAAAUAAUCGUGGAAAAUUCGACCUUAACCGGAGCUGCCUGUCAGAUCAAAGGGUCGUUUACAAUGACACCUGUUGUUAAAGCUACAACGACGACCAUCAAGUCCGAUAUACCGGGUCAAAGUUGUGAGCAGAGAGAUAACACAUAUUAUUAUCUGUUUUGCGUUCUUCUCUUUUUAUUCGUGGUCUCAUGGGUUGCAUUUGUUGCGUAUCUCUUUCAUAAUAAGAUCCUGAUGUUCUUUGCAGUCAUAUCAACCCCAGACCAACCAAAGGAAGGACCAGUUGAAAAUGAACAUCUUCCUCUUGUAACGUUGCCCCUACGAAAUACUGAAAGAACGGAAAGCGAUAAUGAAAGAUACGACACAGUAGCUGCAUGUCAAUUCAAAACGAACGACAAAAUUACAACUAGAAUUGAAAUGCUUAGCUCACAGUUUGAUAAGGAUAAAGAACGUCAUGCACAAGAUGUCAAAGGUUAUGAAAGCUCCGAAAAUCGCCGAAAAAUCUCCGAAAAUGAUGCAGAUAUUUGCAAAAUUAAGGAUUGCAUGAGAGACCAUUCCAAUCACAUGGAAAAACUUGAUGAAACUGAGCGUAAUUUUGAAGAUUUGAUCUGUGGUAUCAUUCUGGGAACGUGGAAUGGAAACAGAAACGAAUUAAAAAGUGGAAUAGAAAGUGAAACUGGUUUAGAAAAGGAAGGUCCCGUUUCUGAGGACCCUAGUGAUCAAGGUCCUUUAGAUAAAGUAUAUAUAAAGGGCCUUGCUAAUGAUAGUGGGAAUUCGUCUGACCCUAAAAUAGGGGGAACUGGGCUCUGUGCCGGGAGGUCGACAAAGAGUGUCAUAUCCUGCGAAACAAUGAGAAAGGAAUUGGAUGAAGCAGUCGAUCAGUGUCUCUCUCAAGUCGAUGACAGACUUUCCUAUCUACGAUGCGGACAGCCAGAUGAUAGCUUGUCGCCCAAACUGAAGAAAUCUUGGAAGAAAAAGAAAGAUAAAAAGAAAGUAGAAGAAAUGUUCAAACAUACUCAAGCUAAGAUCAAAGAUGACAUUUUAAAUCUCCAAGUAUCUACUUUUAAAAUUCUGGUAAGGUUUCAGGAACAUCGCAUCGAAAAAAUGAAAAACAAUACAAAGCAAUUUACAAUUUGAGAUUAAUUAUUUCAAAAAGAACCUCAAACGGUCACCCACGGGUCAAAAUUUGCUUUAGAAUAGAAUAUUUCCAAACGCUGUUGCAAGCAGCGAAACUCAUUUUACGUUUAUUUAUUUUUUUGAAAACUAAUCAGGCAAAUUUUCACAAAAUGAGAACUUUUUACAAGAAAAGUAUAAAAGAUAUGUAUGUAUAC